GAAAACACAUCUUUUCAAAGUUGCUCUGGGCAAUGUUGUGCCUCCUUUGUUGGGAUUUUAUUACUUGAUCUUCUAUGUAAGAAAUUCUUAGACUUACCAAAUGCCAGGUGCAUGAAGGACACUUCGCUAACAAAUUAAAAAUAAAGGCGCGUAAUUAUGGCAAUUGAUAGAGGAACAGAUUUUGAUCCUAUUGUAAUUCCUAGCUCUUCUCCAUUUUACGAAAGGAAAGGCGUCAAAGGCAAUUAUGAAGUUCCGAAUUCACCUGGUCAUUCUUCUGUAAUUGAAAAUUCAUCUCCUUUAAAUGAAAACUUAGAUGUCUUUAUACAACGCAUACCUAAAAAAGGUCAUGUCUUGGCCUCAAAAUCAUUAAAUACUACUGACGUUACUCAUAAAAAACGAAAUAGUUUUAACUGGGAUAAUUGCGAUAAAGAAGAGAGCUACGAGAUUCUCGACUUAACUGACGGUUCAACUAACAAUCUUAUUCAAGAUGCAUUAAAGAAGCAGAAUGUUGUCUCCAACAGAUCGAAGAAACUUGAGGAUUUGGAAUCUCGUUUCAAACAUAUCCCAAAAACUAUCAUCCAAGAAACAUUAGAAAGUGUUCAAUGGAAUUCGAAUGUUGCCAUUCACAAGCUUACAUUCUACAAACCUAAAAAAACAACUCCUUUAAAAACAUCUGAAGCAGACAUCUCCGUCGAAGACGUUUCAGAAACUCAUAUCCAAAGACCCAGUCGCCGAAAGCGUAGACGGAGGAUUGCAACUUCUGAUGAUGAUGAGGAAGAAGAAGAGGAAGAAGAGAAAAGUUCAAUGCCUGCCAAGGUAUCUCGUGCUAGUUCAAAACAGAACAAUGUCAGUGUUCCUUCAUCGAGUGAACAAAGUGAAGCCUCCGGCGUCGAUGAAACGGUUGAAGAAGAGUCUGAAUUUGAUAAAAAGGUGCUCCACUUUCUUAAUGCAUGUAGUAUUCAGGAACUCCUGGAUCUGUCUGGUCUUCCACGAGAAGUCAUCGAAAGUUUUAUUGUGAAGCGACCGUUCAGUACUUUGGAACACGCAAGAAAUGCAGAGAAAAAGAAAGCAAGAGGCAGACCAUCUAAGCGUUCUGGGCCGAAAAUUGGCCGACGCGUCGUGAAUCGAACGUUUGAAGUGAUGCUUAGCUUUGAGGCCGUUGACUCUUUAAUUGCAAAGUGUGAUCAUUACAGUUCGUUAAUUUCAAAUACAUUAAGAGGAUGGCACACGGUCAUGGAUGAAGAAAAAAUUGAUUCUUUUCUCGAAAAUCAAGAACGUAUUGAUUACAACUUCCGUGAAGAACAACCAGAACUUUUGGCGCCCAAUAUAAUCCUAAAGCGUUACCAAGUAAUCGGCGUGAAUUGGUUAAACUUGAUGUACCAGGAAAAACUUUCAGGCAUUUUAGCGGACGAGAUGGGUUUGGGAAAAACGUGUCAAGUAAUUGCUUUUCUUGCACUUCUGAAAGAACAAGGCAUCCAUGGUCCGCACUUAAUUGUGGUUCCUGCUUCCACAGUAGACAAUUGGCUUCGAGAAUUUCAGAAGUUCAGUCCUUCUCUUCAUGUUGAGCAAUAUGGAGGAUCUCAGGCUGAACGUAUGGAGAAGCGAUAUUACCUAGUCGAGACACAGUACGACGUCCUCGUUACAACAUAUCAGCUUGCAUCAAGCAGUAAGCAAGAUCGUUCUUUUUUACGGCACCAAAAAUUUAAUGUUUGUGUUUUUGAUGAAGGACAUUACCUAAAGAAUCGUUUAUCGGAAAGAUACAAGCAGUUAAUGAGUAUUCCUGCUAUCUUUCGACUAUUGAUCACAGGAACCCCACUGCAAAACAAUUUGAAUGAAUUGAUGUCUUUGCUUGCCUUUAUCUUACCAAAUGUCUUUGACAAUAAUAUGCAAGGACUCGAUCUCAUUUACAAAAUAAAACCAGCCGCGGACGCAUCACUCGAGCGUGCAGUGAUGUCUCAAGAAAGAAUUUCACGUGCUAAGACUAUGAUGAAUCCAUUUGUUCUUCGUAGAAGAAAAGCAGAUGUAUUCAGUGAACUUCCGGAGAAAUCACGUUUUGUUGAAAAGUGUGAAAUGGUCUCCACCCAGAAAAAGGUUUACCAAGCGAUACUGGAUUCACGCAACAAUCCAGAGUCAAGUAGAGACAACAUACUUAUGCAACUUCGAAAAGCUGCUAAUCACCAUCUACUGUUGCGCUUUCACUAUAACGAUUCGCUUCUUCGGCGCAUGGCGAAACAAAUCAUGAGGGAAGACGUGUAUGCUGACGCAAACGAGCAAUACAUAUUCGAGGACAUGCAGGUCAUGUCUGAUUUCGAGCUGCACCAGCUUUGUGUUCGUUUCCCUUCAAUAAAAAGGUUUGCUUUAGAAGGGACACCUUGGAUGCAGACAGCCAAGGUUCUGCGGUUACAAAAGUUGCUAAACGAGUUCAAAAAGGAUGAUCGUAUACUUGUGUUUAGUCAGUUUACACAAGUACUUGAUAUCCUCGAGUUUGCCUUAAAAUCCAUGGAUGUCAAGUACCUACGCAUGGAUGGCAGCACACCGGUUGAAACUCGUCAGGGUCUUAUUGACAUGUUCUCAACAAAACCAAAAUACAAGUUGUUUCUUUUGUCCACAAAAGCAGGUGGUUUUGGUAUUAAUCUUACAGCUGCUAAUGUGGUCAUUAUGUACGAUUGUUCCUUCAACCCGUUUGAUGAUUUACAAGCGGAAGACAGAGCUCAUAGAGUUGGGCAAACACGACCAGUAUCCAUUUACAGACUGGUGACGGAAAAUACCAUAGACGAAAACAUACAAAAACUUGCAUUCGCUAAACUUGCGUUAGAGUCUAGCAUGGUCACCAAUACCGAAGAAAUCCAAAAAGAGCUCUGCAAAGAAAUCUUCGAUACCGGUGACAAAAAUAAAUAGUUUGAGCUAACGAAUACACACAACCUAUACAAUUGCCAUUGAGUAAUUUUAUGCCGACAUUGUUAAAACUGUGAGUUUAUUAGACACUAAAGAACGGACUCGGUAUUUAAUGGUGAUAAAAACAAAACGACCUGCAGCGUAAACCAUUCACUUUCAUGGAACACCAGUCAGCAACGCUUGUCGUAGAAAUCAAAAGAAAAACAAUUAUAUGAAAAUGAGAAAGAACAGUCAUGAAACCUGAAGACAGUGCGACGACACAGGACAAAACAAUGUAACAGCACAGAACGUCCUUAAACCAGCAACGGGGGAAGUGAUUGUCAAGCGCCGCACGCCUUAUCUGCUCAUUAACUCUAUGGACAGGGAAAGAGGAUUACACCUUUUUAGCAACAAUGUACGGACACCUCCCGAAGCAUCCGUGCUUUUUUCAUUCCUUCCACUCAUCAACUCUGUGUCAAAUUUUAGAUAGCAGCUGGAGUAACGCUGGUACCGCUGCUGCCACCGGCGGUUUCGGGAAGAGCUGGAG